AUGGAAGCGGAAGCAUGUGCAGAGCGUUUUCUAUGGUGCUUCGCCCGCUACCACUGGUGGCCCGACGCUAUAACGAGCGAUAGGGGCUCGAAUUGGGUAGGCCGCUUUUGGAGGCACAUGUGCAAGUUACUGGGGAUCGACCAGCAGCUAAGCACGGCGUACCACCCCCAAACCGACGGAGGCCCUGAGAGGAUGAACCAAGAAGUACAGGCAUACCUCCGCGCCGUGAUUAACCAGAACCAGAACGACUGGGAUAAGUGGGUUCCCGCGGCUCAGAUGGCGUUAAACGGUCGGUUCCUCGUUACGGAAGCAUAUGCGGAAGAGUAUCCUCAGCAUUCGCCAGAAACCAGGGCAAAGAAAUUUGUUACCAAACUACAACAGAUUACGGACCUCUGCCAAGCAUCAAUGGCGACAGCUACGCAGCAACAAGAACGCUUCGCUAACAGACGACGGAACGCGGCAGAACGCUUCGAAGUAGGCGAUAAGGUUUGGCUUGACUUACGGAACUACGCGUCAGAGCGACCUAAGAAGAAGUUCGACUGGCUGCACGCUAAGUAUACGAUAAGCAAGGUACUCGACCCGUACACGGUUGAACUAGCAGACCUCCCGAGGGGCUGCUAUAAUAGGUUCCACGUCGACCAACUCCGGAGAGCGGGGACGGACCCAAUGCCUGGUCAGCAACGCACAGACGCUCAACCCCAUCUAUCCAAGUAG